CGUUGAUCUUCACAAGAGUCCAAGAUCUCAAGCAUCAAGAAACCCGAUAGAAUAAUCAACAAAACCAAAACUUCGUUCCAGAACCCAUCACCCUAAUCCCAUAACCAAUCCUGGUUUUUCAAAACAGUAUUCCAUCGAUUACCAUUUACCAAAUUCCAAUUCCUCUUGCCAGUCGUCAUCCGUUGCCUUUCUUCUUUGAAAAUUAGCUUUUCAAUAAUAAACACCAAUUCCUGCCGCCGCCCAUGGAUUUGCAAACCCAAUACCCUUUUCCUAUUGUUUUCACAGAAGCCAUGCCUAUAUUAACCCGUAGAUCAAAUCACGGUCCUCACCAGGAAAUGCGAUUAGACCCUCGAGUUAACAGUUGAUUGUUAGUAUAAUCAUCUUUUUCUUCUUCUUCUCUAAAACCCUUCGCAAAACCCCAAAAAUGGAGGCUGGAAACCAAAUUGGCGCCACCGCCCACCCCACCACGGUGGUGCAGCCGGUCCCCGCCGGGAGCUUCAGCGGCACUCUUGGUCGCCACCUCGCUCGCCGGCUGGUCCAGAUAGGCGUCAGGGACGUGUUCUCGGUCCCCGGCGACUUCAAUCUGACGCUGCUGGACCACCUGAUUGCCGAGCCGGAGCUGAACCUGAUCGGCUGCUGCAAUGAGCUCAACGCCGGCUACGCCGCCGACGGGUACGCACGCGCCCGAGGCGUGGGGGCUUGCGUGGUCACAUUCACCGUCGGUGGGCUCAGCGUCCUGAACGCCAUUGCCGGGGCUUUCAGCGAGAAUUUGCCCGUGAUCUGUAUAGUGGGCGGACCCAAUUCCAACGACUAUGGUACUAAUCGGAUCCUCCAUCACACGAUCGGGUUGCCGGAUUUUAGCCAGGAGCUUCGCUGCUUCCAGACCGUCACCUGUGCCCAGGUGGUGGUGAACAAUUUGGAGGACGCGCACGAGCUGAUCGACACCGCAAUUUCUACUGCUUUGAAAGAAUGCAAGCCGGCUUAUAUCAGUAUAAGCUGUAAUUUGUCUGGGAUUCCCCACCCAACCUUCAGAAGGGAGCCGGUGCCAUUCUUCCUCGCACCAAAGGUAAGCAAUCAACUAGGUUUAGAAGCUGCGGUGGAAGCGGCUGCUGAGUUUCUAAAUAAAUCUGUGAAACCUGUCCUUGUGGGAGGGCCCAAGCUAAGGGUGGCAAAGGCACAGCAGGCGUUUGUGGAUCUUGCAGAUGCUUGUGGGUAUCCAAUAGCUGUUAUGCCCUCAGGCAAAGGUCUAGUACCAGAGCACCAUCCACACUUCAUCGGGACAUAUUGGGGUGCUGUGAGCACCAGCUUCUGUGGGGAGAUAGUGGAGUCUGCUGAUGCCUAUGUUUUCGUUGGUCCAAUAUUCAAUGAUUACAGCUCUGUUGGGUACUCUUUGCUGAUUAAGAAGGAAAAGGCAAUCAUGGUGGAGCCCAAUGGUGUAACCAUUGGCAAUGGUCCUUGCUUUGGCUGGGUUUUCGCGGCUGACUUUUUAAGUGCAUUGGCCAAGAAGCUGAAAAGGAACGUCACUGCUGUGGAGAAUUACCAACGUAUCUUUGUUCCUCAUGGCAUCCCUCUAAAAUGUGAAAAAGACGAACCUCUCAGAGUCAAUGUCCUUUUCAAGCACAUUCAGGAGAUGCUAGGUGGAGAGACUGCAGUAAUUGCAGAGACAGGAGACUCAUGGUUCAACUGUCAGAAGCUUCGCCUCCCCAAGGAUUGUGGGUAUGAAUUCCAGAUGCAGUAUGGAUCUAUUGGGUGGUCUGUCGGUGCAACCCUUGGGUAUGCUCAAGCUGUUCCUGAUAAGCGAGUGAUUGCUUUCAUUGGUGAUGGGAGUUUCCAGGUAACAGCUCAGGACAUUUCAACAAUGAUCAAAAGUGGACAAAGGAAUAUUAUAUUUCUCAUCAACAAUGGAGGGUAUACGAUUGAAGUAGAGAUCCAUGAUGGCCCCUACAAUGUGAUUAAGAACUGGGACUACACUGGUCUUGUCGAUGCUAUCCACAAUGGUGAAGGAAAAUGCUGGACUACCAAGGUGCAUACUGAGGAUGAGCUGACUGACGCUAUUGCAACGGCAACAGGACCGCAUAAGGAUUCAUUAUGUUUCAUAGAAAUUUUGGUGCAUAAGGAUGACACCAGCAAAGAGCUGCUAGAGUGGGGAUCCCGAGUCUCUUCAGCUAACAGUCGCCCACCAAAUCCUCAAUAAAGCUUUGCAGUUUCGAACCACCAGAGAACUGGUAGAUUGGAGAGCAUGCACGAGAAGUGGAAAUAAUAGAAGCAACUACGUUGCUUAACUUGCCUGGGACCUUCAUCAAUCCUGUUGCUGCAUUGUACUUUCCUUGCCUUGGAAGUGUCCUUUAAAUUUUGGAAACAAUUACAAUGAACAGUAUUUUGGCCAUAUGUACAUUAUCUUGAUUUACAUGGAGCUGUUGUAUGCGCCCGAGCAACAUACAUUGGUUCUAAAAUGGAGUCGACUCCAUUGCAUAUUGGAAUACUUUGUCCGUAUCAACUUGUAAUGCUUUGUUGAAAUGUGGAAUUUAAUUUUGAAGUUUCAGAAUUA